UGCAGAAGCUGCUGCCCGGAUACUACAUGAACCUGAACCAGAACCCCCGGACGCUGCUGCCCAAGUUCUACGGCCUCUACUGCGUCCAGGCGGGCGGCAAGAACAUCCGCAUCGUGGUGAUGAACAACCUGCUGCCCCGCUCGGUGCGCAUGCACCACAAGUACGACCUCAAGGGCUCCACCUACAAGCGCCGGGCGUCGCAGAAGGAGCGCGAGAAGGUCUUCCCCACCUACAAGGACCUGGACUUCCUGCAGGACCUCCCCGACGGGCUCUUCCUGGACCUCGACAUGCACAGCGCCCUGUGCAAGACCCUGCAGAGGGACUGCCUGGUCCUGCAGAGCUUCAAGAUCAUGGAUUACAGUUUGCUGGUGGCCGUUCACAACCUGGAUUUGGCCCAGCGGGAACGGGCGGUAGCCGACGGGGCCUCCCUGGCAGACACACGCCGGCCGGCCGGCCAGAGGGCCCUCUACUCCACCGCCAUGGAGGCCAUCCAGGGGGAGGCCCGGCGGGGGGGGCCCAUCGAGACGGACGACCAGAUGGGAGGCAUCCCGGCCCGAAACGCUAAGGGGGAGAGGCUGCUCCUGUACGUGGGGAUCAUUGACGUGCUGCAGUCCUACAGGUUCAUGAAGAAGCUGGAGCACUCCUGGAAAGCCCUGGUCCACGACGGGGACACGGUCUCUGUUCACCGGCCGAGUUUUUACGCCGAGAGGUUCCAGCGCUUCAUGUGCCAGGCGGUUUUUAAGAAGAUUCCUCUAAAAUCCUCCCCUUCGAAAAAGAGCCGCUCCGGAAUGGGACCCCCUCGUCGGCCGGGCCAGACCGGGACCCCCGCCCAGGCACUGAGCGAGACGAAAGUCCAGGUCACCAUGGAGGCCGAGAUGGAGCCAGGUUCCCAGCUGGGGCGGCCGGACCUGCUCCCCCAGACGCCCCCCGUCGAAGAGGCCAACAGCGACUCGGCAGCGACCACCUUAUCCACCUCUUCCCUGGGCAGCCCCGGGCACAGCUCUCCAGCCAGCCGCUCAGUGGGGGCAGAAGCGCCCCCACCGGACACCCCCAAGGACCUGGCUGUCUUCCACCUGGAAAGUGCUUCCCCCAGCCCUUCCGUCACAGGACAUCCUUCUGAGCUGAUCCAGCCACUUGGAGAUUUGGCCGAAACAGAAAUCAACUGCUGAAAGUGUCCUUUUCUCCUCCUGGGGGAGGAACGCGAGCAGAAGAUCUUCUCCACACUCUGCAUGGCCUGUCUCUUUGUGACGGGGGGGUCUGGAAGGGGUGGACCAGCCCCACCGCCCCUUGGAACUGCUGACACCACAAACUCCUUUGGACUGAGCAGAGCCCACCUGGACCCCCCCUCCCAGGCGGCCCAGCUCCGGGGGCGCAGGGGCUCACACGGAAAGGCGUUCCAGCCCCCUCCAGCCUGGGGCAGAGGACGGAGCGGCCCAGCCUUGGGGGAGGGGGGCUUCAGAGGAGGGAGGCGUCCAGAGGAGUGCUGGCGCAGCCCCUCUCCCCAAGCUCCCCACAACGACCAUUCCAUACUCGCUUCCUCCUGGGGGGUUGUGGAGACGGAGGCUGCCCCACUUGGAGAAGAUUUCAAGAGACAAACUAUUAGCUUUCCUAAAGUAUAGUGAUUUUUCUUCUCUCCUACAUUGCCAUAUUGGGGAGGGGGGCCUUUUUGGAAAGGCCGGGAUCCUCUUAGCCGGCCUGUAUCUGCGGGGGAGAGGGGAGCCCCCUUUUCAGUGCUGUAUCGUGGUGGAAGGGGGGUCCGGAGCCUCCCCUGCACCCAUCUCCCUGCUCCAGGACACUUGUGGGCCUCGAUUGGUUGGCCCCCACCAGCCCACCCACCUUUGCCGACCGUGACCUCCGGGCCUCCCUGCCAGGCUCGCCCAGAGGGAUGGGAGCCGGAGUCCCGGCGCAGCUGCUUCGCUCAAUGCUGCCAAGUACAGUUUUCCAGUGGUUUUCAGUAUUGCACUGACGGACCAAACUUCACCGCCUCCCGGCUUUGUGGCGAUGGGAGAUUUCAGUAUUAAACCCCUUUUUUGAGACGCUUGUAAAAACUUCAGGGUUUUUCUAGCUCUGCCUUCGACCUCCUUUUUUUUUUAGCAAUCUGUAAGAAUGGUCACCCCGACUUCUUUUGCACGUAUGGAGGGAUGCCCCCCUCACCCCCUUUCAAGCAUUGGGUUGCGUUCAGAGAGGGCAACGUGGCUUUCCCUGCUCCAAGCACGUUUUUUUGGCCCGGGUUAAAGGCUCCGCAGGGAAGAAUUCUCGGAAGUGGAGGCUGUUCAGGAAAGGUUUUAGGGUGCUGUCGAGAGGGACAUAUCACUUAUCUGGGAGGGAGAAGACAUGUGUUUUUUUGUUCCUCCCGGCCCAUAUUUGGAAGGGAGAGCAAGGAAGACGAAAAAAACGACAGUUAUGUUCCCAGUGAGUUUUAUAGAUAUUUUUGUGAAGCGUUUGACGAGAAAACAGGCUAGCAUCGAAUGUUGGCUGCAGGGAAAGGGGGCGACUCAGGCCCUCAAUGAAGGUGAGAUCAGGGUAAAAUAAAAGGCCGAUUCUAUUUUUGAGGAAAAAGAAUGUUGAAAGGGAGCAGUGCAUCUGUUACACCUCCAAAAGCAUACUAAUGUAUAAAUCACAUGGCUGGUUGUGACUUAUGGGAUCUGCCUUGAGAGCCCCCCUAUUUUUUUGGAGGUGGGGGGUGUCAUCUUGUUAAACUUGAGCCUUUGAAUCUCUCCCCCAAACGGUUACACACAUGUUAAAAAAGAAAUGUCUACAUUAGACCGGUUUGGAAGUUUUCCUGCCACAAAUGUAUGUAAUUUAUAAACUUAUAUUUCAAGUCUC